AUGUGGACUCCGCCCCCUGGGGGCCAAAGCGCGCACGGGGCGGUGCAGUGUGGAGACGAACGUGAGAAGGAGAUGAACAAGCCUAGGACGCCUCCUAUUGUUCAGGUGGUGAGAGUUGCAGAUCCAUAUCAUGGCGCUCCGAAGGAAACUCAAGAUUGGCUCAAUGACACAAGCUCUGGUGCUGACCCCUGCCAGCCAGACCUCAGGGUCACCACUAAAGUAAAGGACUACAGCUCUCUACCACAGCGCUUUAAGGACUUCCUUAUUUACAUGCACUGUCGCUCAUACCCUCUUAAGGUGGACCAGCCGGACAUUUGUAAGGAGCCUCCAUUUCUGCUGCUGGCCAUUAAGUCUCUGGCCCCACACUUCGAUCGGCGGCAGGCCAUCCGAGAGUCUUGGGGGAGGGCAGGCUCCUUGGGGAAUCACACCAUUGUCACAGUCUUCCUACUUGGUAAUGCCACUGUGGAGGACCACCAUCCAGACCUGUCUGCAAUGCUGCAGUAUGAGAGUCGGCAACAUAAAGACAUCAUUCAGUGGGACUAUAGAGACUCCUUCUUUAAUCUUACUGUCAAAGAAGUUUUAUUCUUGGAGUGGAUUCAAACUCGCUGCCAAGGUGCGCGCUUUAUUUUCAAAGGCGACGAUGACGUCUUUGUAAACACCUAUCGCAUCCUCAACUUCCUCAAAGAUCUUCCUGAAUCUAAGGCUAAAAACCUGUUUAUUGGUGAUGUGAUCACAAAUGCUGGCCCACACAGAGACAAAAAGGUGAAAUACUUUAUCCCUGAGAGUAUGUAUGUGGGAACAUACCCUCCGUACGCUGGGGGUGGAGGCUAUCUCUACUCUGGGGAUAUUGCUGCUCGUCUGCACAAUGUGUCACAGCAUGUGGCACUGUAUCCCAUUGAUGAUGUGUACACAGGCAUGUGCCUCAGGAAGCUAGGGCUGGCCCCAGAGAAACACAAGGGCUUUAGAACAUUUGACAUUGAAGAGAAAUACAGGUCAAAUCCCUGCGCAUACAACAGCUUAAUGCUUGUUCACCCCAGAACCCCACAGGAGAUGAUCCAAAUCUGGACCUGGCUCAGCAGCCCCAACCUUACCUGUCAGUGA